GCUCACGAUGUCACACAGCCCACGGGGGAGGGACGCCUCCGGAGCCACCAGCCCCCUCGGCACAUGCCGCCUCCCUCACCAGAGGGCGGCCCCGGGCCCCAUCUGCACUGUCCUCACAGGCCCCGCCCCGGCCACGUCCACUGUCCCAACCCUCAGGGCCCCCUGGGGUACAGCGGCUCUGUGCCCCACCCCUGGCUCCCCAGCCACUGUCCCCGGGCCCGGCACCGUCACCAAGGCAUCUGCCCACUCCCCACCUGCCAAGUCUUGGUGACGGCACACGGGCCCCUCACGGUCCUGCCCGGCCACCGUCCUUCUUUCUUUUUGCAGGACUGGGGCUGGACCAGGGCCUCUACAGUGAACGACACUCGGGCCUUUCUCUGUGCGGCCCUCCUGCCUCAGCCCAGGGUGGCGUGCACUGCCCACUGCCCGCCUGCCUCUCCCCGGCCCCUCCUCCCAGGACUGCAGGCGGGGCGGGGUGUAAACGGGCUCCUCCAGCUUUGCUGUCCUUUUCUUUUGCAUGUGCGCGCGCAGGGCUGGAGACGGAACCCAGGGUCUUCACACUGAGCUCCCUACCUAGCACUUUCUACUUUGUGUUUUGAGGCGGGAGCUCACUAAAUUGUAAAAUCCUCGACCCUCCUGCCUCAGCCUCCCCGAGGGCUGGGAUCACAGGCAUGCGACGGCCCCCAGGGUGGUGUGAGUGCGACCGGAGGAGGGUGGCACAUCUCAGGAGGCACGGUCACAACAGGCUGGUCACUGGGUCCCCUGGGGCACCAACUCAGAGGCCAGCAGGGGGCGCCCUUUCCCCGAGCCCUGAUCCUCGCGGGUUUGCGCUGCGUCUGCCGUCAGGCCUGGGCACUCAGAGUGCUCUGUCCUAGGGGCACUUGCCGACGCUGUGAGGCGCAGCCCCGGCCUCCCCCGCUUUCCCCCCACGCCCAGGGCCACCUCCUCCCACCACACAAGACGAGCAAAGAACAAAUGAGCUGCAGUUUAAAAGUGAGAACAUCCAGUCUCCGGAGUCCCCAGGGCCUCACGUGUGGGCGAGUGGGCGUCUGCUGCCAGGGGCACGGUGGCCACUGGGUCGUCCCAGUCCCCGCCAGCCCGCGCCACCCAGAGGGAACCAGGGGCACAUGGCGCUGCAGGAAGUCCUGGUCAGCCCUCCCUCUGCCACCAGCCUGCGGGGUGGCCCAGAGGUGGGAGUGGCAGAGACCCUGCUAUCCACAGACCGUGAAUCCAACCACCAGCUCGCCGAGACCCGCAGCCCGCCUGGAGACAGCCACAAAGCCACAUCUGCCCACGGAGGAGGCUGGCUCUCCCUCCCAGGCCCACCUUCCCCAGCAGCCCAGCGAGAGCACUGCUUGUUCCCUCCGAGGAAGGACGCGCUUUGCCCCUGGGCCCAGGAGCUUCCGGGUGCCCUCUGGACCUGCGGGCCUCCCAGGAGCUGCGCCCACGCAGCGGGGCUGCCUUGCCCGAGCACAGGAGGGCUGUGUGGCAGCCUCCUCCGGGAGCGCCAACCAUGAAGACGGCUAUUCACAGCACACAGAGCUCCACCGUCUUCUGCAGGUGGCACCGAGGGUGACGGGCAGGCCCCUGGCUCACCUUGGGCCCAGACUGCGGCAACACCUUUGCUGCGUCUUCACUAACAGACGCGGCCGGGAGGCCAAGCGCACGCUCCACCACCCGCACCCAGCCUGCUCCUGCCCUGGGUGUCACACGCAGCCACUGGGGACGCGGAGGCUGCCCACGAGCUUUCACCUGCUCUGAUCUGUGCCGGUCCAGAAGAUGAGCAGGUCGCACGCCGGUUCCCCACAGUGACGUGAAGGGACGCAGAAGGCCCGAGGACCGGAGCCA